CGGCUCACGGACUAUUCACGAUCGCAUCAAAGCAUCUGUGCCGAGUGUAUCGCUCCACCGAAUUUACGCCACGGUGCGUACACAGCUCCCCCUUACGACCCCGAGUUGGAUAGCAUUUGCCUAGUAGAAAGUAGAUACGAUGACCUGGCAACCGCGCGCGGAGGACCUGCAUAUACUUGUGCAGCUGUUAAAGGACUCGACUGCUAGCGAUAAUGUAGUGCAGCGCGACGUCCGGCAGAAACUAGAAUCGUUUACGAGAGUUCCCGAAUAUCCUAAUUACCUUGCCUGCAUCAUGGCCAUGUCCGAGCUGGAACCUUCGACGAGAGCCAUUGCUGGCCUUACGUUGAAAAACUAUGUUCGAUUACACAUUGAAAUAAUGCAACCGCAAAGUGUGGCGUACAUGAAGGAAUGUGUGAUCCGAGUGGUUUCUGACCCGCAGGAACCUGUUCGGGCUGCGGCUGGAUCUAUCAUUACAACAGUCUUAUCCCAAGAUUUGCGUAGAUGGCCUGAAGUGCUCCAGGUCCUUAUGGAGUUAAUCGAUCGGCCGGAGCCUCAUGUAGUGGAGGGAGCAUUUGGUGCGCUCCAAAAAAUAUGCGAGGACUCUGCACAGCAGUUGGAAGAAUUCCAAUCGCAAGCGUUGAGCUUUAUGAUACAAAAAUUUAUUCAGCAUUUUGCUAAUCCGAAUCCCAAAGUGCGCGCUUCCGCCAUCCAGUGUGUGAAUCAGUUUGUACUGAUGCACUCGCAAGGGUUGAUUGUCAACAUGGAACCCUACGUCCAAGGACUUUAUGCCCGUGCAAGCGACCCCCACCCCACCGUCCGUAAACAUGUAUGUCAGGCACUCGUGAUGAUACUUGAAGUAUACCCCGAAGCGCUCGUCCCCCAGCUAGAGGACGUGGUGAACUUUAUGUUAUAUUGUACACAAGGGGAAGACGACGAAGUGGCAUUAGAAGCGUGCGAGUUCUGGCUUUCCUUUGCAGAGCAGGAUCGGAUGAAGGAUCAUCUAGAACCCUUCUUGCCAAGAAUUGUUCCUGUGCUGUUGAAGGGCAUGGUAUAUUCAGAGGAAGAUAUCGCUAUACUUGCAGAUGAGGGCGAAGAUGCUGCUGUCCCUGAUAGUGCGCAGGACAUAAAACCGCGCCAUCACAAAGCUCGGACCCACGCGUUGGAUCAUGAGGGAACUCCUGGUGCAGGGCAAGCUCAAUCGGCUGGGAAUGAGGACUCGGACGAUGAGGAUGAAAGCGACUUUGAUGAUGAGGACGACGUGUAUACCGAAUGGAAUCUCCGAAAAUGCUCCGCUGCAGCUAUGGAUGUUAUGGCCACAGUGUUUGAGAACGAUCUUCUUGUCCACUUACUGCCCCGAUUGAAAGAAGAAUUGUUUCACCCCGAUUGGGAGCAUCGGGAGUGUGGCAUUUUGGCGCUGGGCGCGAUUGCUGAAGGAUGUCUUCCGGGUAUGAUGCAACACUUGCCACAGUUGGUUCCGCAUAUGAUCAUUUGCUUGUCGGACGCACAGCCACUCGUGCGUGCAAUCACAUGCUGGACUUUGGGUCGUUACGCAGGUUGGACAGUACAUCCUCCAGCAGUGUGGGCUCGUCAGUAUUGCGGCACGGAAGCGCAGUUGCAGCUGCACAGGGAAAACUACUUUCGGCCAUUGGUUCUAACGCUUCUUCAAACGGUGCUGGAUAAUAACAAGCGUGUACAGGAAGCCGCGUGCAGUGCGCUAGCCACCGUGGAGGAAGAGGCCAUGAUGGAGUUGAUUCCAUAUCUAGAGCCGGUCCUUUCGACACUAGCUUUGGCAUUCCAAAAAUACCAGCACAAGAAUCUGCUCAUCUUGUACGAUGCAGUGGGAACCCUAGCAGACUCAGUCGGAUCAGCGUUGAGCGAGGAUCGAUACAUCAACGUUCUCAUGCAACCUCUUGUUCGCAAGUGGCAAUUGAUUGAUGACAUGGAUCGAGGAAUAUUCCCCCUCUUUGAAUGUAUGUCUUCCGUUGCCACCGCGCUCGGGGGCAAGUUCGCGCCAUUUGCAACCGAGGUGUGGCAGCGAUGCUUGCGAAUCAUUCAAGCCACUCUUCAGCUACUUCAGAGUCACGCUCAACACCCUGAUGCAAUUGAAGCACCAGAUAAGGACUUCAUUGUAGUCUCAUUGGAUCUGCUGAGCGGAGUGGCUCAGGGAAUGAACACGCUAGUUGAGCCGCUUGUACCGCAAUUGCAACCACCUGUGCUGUCUUUACUGCCCAUCUGCAUGAAGGAUCCCAGUCCCGAAGUGCGUCAGAGCGCAUACGCUUUACUGGGAGAUUUGGCAAUAUCCGCCUUUGCCCAUCUGAAGCCAUAUCUCAACCAGUACCUACCAGAGCUGAUAGGCCAGUUGAGCCCACCCAUUGAUCAAACUCGCGUGUCGGUAGUGAAUAACGCGGUUUGGGCGGUUGGGGAGAUUUCUCUGAAAUACGACAGAGAAAUGCAACCUUGGGUGCACCCGCUAUUGGAGCGCUUGAUUCCUCUUCUAACUAAUCCACAAACACCAAAAGCUAUUCUGGAGAAUGCUGCCAUUACGAUAGGCCGCUUGGGCUAUGUCUGCCCAGAUCUGGUGGCGCCACAUCUUCAGACCUUUAUUCAACCCUGGUGCGAAAACCUCCGUCUUAUUCGAGAUAAUUUGGAGAAGGAGAGCGCGUUCCAAGGCAUGUGUCGGAUGAUUGAACUGAAUCCGAACGGUGUCAUGGACAAGUUCGCCUACUUCUGCGAUGCUGUUGCUCAAUGGAACAGAGUGUCACCUGAGCUGAAUAAGACAUUUGAGAAGAUUCUGCAUGGGUUCAAGAACGGAUGGGGGGAAUCGUGGAAUCAAAUUGUCAAAGACUUCCCCGUCUUUGUGAAGCAAAGGUUAGCGGAGCGAUACGCAUUGUGAGAUCAAGAAAUGAUUCCAUGUACUUUCAAUGGUGUUGAGGGGCUUUCAAUAGGAAGUUUGUACAUUAUCAUAGGAACUGGUUACUUGAUGGCCGUCAAUUUUG